UAUUUUAAAGAAGCAACGGAAAUGAUUAUUUUCGCGGAUUUUCAAUCUUCUUUCUCAUUGUUCGUUAUUAAUUAGUUUUAUUGUUCCAUUUCAUUUCGGUUUUAGUAUUGUUUUGUUAGUUGUAUUCUUGGUAUGCCUAUAUAAAGGUUACGGUACUUUAAUCACUCAUCGAUGAGAAAAUUUCUUUUGGAAUCAUUUCUCUCUGUAUAUUCUGUUUCUUGCUGCGAAUCUCAGGUGGAAAGUAGAGAUCUCUUGAUGGAGGUGCCACCAAAUGAAGAUUCAGAGCACCCAGUCAAUUCUUCCAUUGAUACCGUUCAUCCGCAACAGGAUAAUGUGCUCCCUGAUACUGUAAAUGACGGAGUCAUGGAGCAGAAGCAGGUAAUCAAUGAGGAAGAAAUAAGAGGUACAAUCGAAGCAAUUGCAUCCACGGGGAAAUUCUGGCAUGAUUGGGAGAAAUUGAAGAGCAUGCUAUCCUUUCAGCUGAAGCAGGUGCUGUCCGAGUAUCCUGAAGCGAAAGCGUCCGGUGAACAAAGUACUUUAGGGGAACCCUUCCCGGAGCUGGUAAAGCGGCUCGAUGAAGCACUUCUUAGCUUCAUUGAAGGUCCUCCAUUUACCCUUCAAAGGAUUUGUGAGAUCCUAUUGGAUGCACGGGGCGUCUAUCCCAAACUCUCAAAGCUUGUGCUAGCUCUGGAAAAGAAUCUUUUGGUGACAUCCACACUCGCCAUCAGUCCUGCCCCGUGUCUACCGUCAUCCGACGCAAAGCCAAAUGAGUCGGAGGAGGCAGAGAAAGGUGUGGAAGAACAAAAGCAUUCAGCAGAUGUAGUAGAAAAUGGAGACAGGGAUGAGGUAAUGACGGAGGUUGAAGAGGCCGACAUGAAUGAUGAUAUGACAAUAGACAUAGCCCUUGAAGAAAUAGUUGGAUCAUCUGAGACAACAAAUUCGGCUGCAAACAGUAAAUCUUAGCCUUCCUCAGUUCUGCUAAUCUCUUCUACGUCGAGGGAGCGCGACACGGCCGAUAAUCCAUAGUUCUUUGACAUGUCAAUUUGUUCAAUCCAAUAUAAUUCGGCUCGGAUGUUGCUUGGAUGUUUUCUUGAUUGGAUAUUUGAGUGAUCUCACUAUGUUCUUGGCUUCUUAACUUUUGAUAUAGCAUAGUCCAUCGGCCAUUGAAAAUGUGGUUUGUUCCC